GUUGCUUAGGAGACGUCGCUUGUUGCGUAUUUUGUAGUUACUACGAGGUUUAGGGAACGAUAAAAAAAAUUUCGAGGGCGUUUUCAUUCAAAGAAGUUUCUUUAUUUAUUUAUUUAUAUACAGCAGGAACCAGCAAAAUAUACUUUCCUUAAACACGGUGACAAAUUCUUCCCACUUCCGCUCAGCGAACAACAAAAACAUUUAAUUCAAAAUUUUUAGAAAACGCGUAAUAAAGUCUUUAAGAAUUUUUAAUUUGUACAAUCGUAAAUACACUUGAGAGUUUCUUCGUAAUCCUGGCUGUGAAACGUUGUGCUAAGAGAAAAAAUGAUUUAUAAACCCUACAAUAUCAAUCAAUAAUUUAUAUACAACGUACAUUAUUUUGAAGCAUUUCAUGGAAUAAUUUAUCUUUUUUUAAAAAAAAAUAAAACAGUUUUAAUAUCAAGUGACAUUUCAGUGUGAAUCCUUUUAAUGUGCCUGUGUUUUGUGUUUUUAUUGUAUUAAAUUAUGUGACAUCGUUGCGGACGUGACUUGAAACUGAAUCAAAUAUUCUACAACAAAAGAAAACAUUCUCUGGUACUGUAUCACAAACUUAUAUAAAGUGUUGACUGAGCCAAUUUAAAAUCGACAUAUGAUAUGUAGUGAUUCAAAAUAUUACGCGAAGAAGUUAUUGUUAAACUAGACAUCGGCGAUAAACUAUUGAACCUUUCCGUGUUUAUAUUUUAUAACAAUACGAACUUCGGGACACAAGCCCUUCUUCUGGAAUAAUGAAGACCCACACUUGAGGGCCGCGAGUGUUAGAUCAGCCAUGCUGUCCACGCAGCAGCACAUCCUGAGGGCAAGUCCUUGCCCCGACGCCACCCCUCGACCCGUCGUCACAAUCUGCGCCAGCACGGCUGCAAGCGUGGCCGCCGCGGCCGUUGCGGCGAUCGGCGGUGACAGAACGUCGUUAAUCGGGACGUCUGUGGCGCCUGGCGACGCCGACAAGACGGAGAUAAACGAGGCCGUUACAAAGGUACUGGAGGGAUAUGACUGGACGCUGGUACCCAUCGUCACAAAAGCAUCGUCUGACAAACGCAAGAUGCACGUCAAGAGACCGAUGAACGCCUUCAUGGUUUGGGCUCAGGCAGCCAGACGGAAACUCGCGGACCAAUACCCACAGUUGCACAACGCGGAGCUCAGCAAGACCCUUGGUAAACUGUGGCGGUGA